GCCGGCAGCAGACUAUCUGGACCUGAGGAACCGUCUGAAGGCCCAGCAGGUGGGUUCUGGAGACGUGUUCUCUGCAGGAGCGCCUGCUCUCGGGAACCGUUCAGGUGCAGACCUCUGCUUCCAGAAGAACGUGUGGGUCCCGGAUCACCUUCGACUGUUGGCGCUGCUUCCAGGACGUUCCAUGUUCGUACCUGAACCAGGUGUAACGGUUCCCCCGACACCAACACCUUCUCCUUCUGCGUCUGCGUACCGGAGGUUCUGCAGCCCGAGGACCGGGUCGAGUUCUGCGUCCAGUACCAGACUCCGGAGGGAACCUUCUGGGACAACAACCAGGGGAACAACUACCGGCUGGUGGACCCAAGUCCCGGGGAGAACCAGGAGACGGAGAACCCCGGGCUGCAGAUCCAGAACCAGAAACAGCGGGACCAGAUUGACCCGUUUGGCAGCCCCAGAACCUCUGCGGGGGUCUUCCUCUGGCAGAGCUGUGGCAGCAUGGAGACCAGCGCCCCCUACUGAACCUGACCCGGCUCAUCUGGUUCUCCCAGGAACCCACUUCCCAUCAGAACCUGACCCGGCUCAUCUGGUUCUCCCAGGAACCCACUUCCCAUCAGAACCUGACCCGGCUCAUCUGGUUCUCCCAGGAACCCACUUCCCAUCAGAACCUGACCCGGCUCAUCUGGUUCUCCCAGGAACGCACUGCCCAUCAGAACCUGACCCGGCUCAUCUGGUUCUCCCAGGAACCCACUUCCCAUCAGAACCUGACCCGGCUCAUCUGGUUCUCCCAGGAACCCACUUCCCAUCAGAACCUGACCCGGCUCAUCUGGUUCUCCAAGGAACCUGCUGCCCAUCAGAACCUUACCCGGAUCAUCUGGUUCUCUUCACCAGGAUCCAGCAGGGGGUCCAGAGUCCUCCAGAGUCCUCCAGACCUCCACCAGGGACCAGCAGGGGGUCCAGAGUCCUCCAGACCUCCACCAGGGACCAGCAGGGGGUCCAGAGUCCUCCAGAGUCCUCCAGACCUUCACCAAGGACCAGCCGGGGGUCCCGAGACCUCCAGACCUUUACCAGGGACCAGCAGGGGGUCCAGAGACCUCCAGACCUUCACCAGGGACCAGCAGGGGGACCAGAGUCCUCCAGACCUUCACUUGGGACGAGCAGGGGGUCCAGAGUCCUCCAGAGACCUCCAGACCUUCACCAGGGACCAGCAGGGGGUCCAGAGUCCUCCAGAGACCUCCAGACCUUCACCAGGGACCAGCAGGGGGUCCAGAGUCCUCCAGAGACCUCCAGACCUUCACCAGGGACCAGCAGGGGGUCCAGAGUCCUCCAGACCUUCACUAGGGACGAGCAGGGGGUCCAGAGUCCUCAAUCAGGGCUUUAUUUAACCCCAAAGACCAGCGAGGCGUUCAAGGCCUGACGAGUAAAUUAUCAAAACAUAAGAACUGUCUGUCAUCACCAUCACAGGCCAAAUCAACCAAUCAGAUCACAGCUUAGCCCCGCCCAUACCUGCAGGAGCUCCUCACUGAUUGGUUCAGGGAAACCAGGAAACUGCACUUUAGACCAUCAUACAGACCUGUGUGUGUGUGUUACGUGUGUGUUACCUGUGUGUGUGUUACGUGUGUGUUACCUGUGUGUGUGUUGCCUGUGUGUUACCUGUGUGUGUGUGUGUUAC